AUGGGCUGGUUAUGGUCCUCGUCCCCGAGCAGCAAGAAGCCGGCGUCCCAGCCAGAGCCAGACCCAACGCCUCCCCCCGCAACGAUCACACCCUCCGCCCCCAUCCAGAAGCCCUCCUCACCCCCAGACGCCGACGCCGACGACUUCCACGCCGCCUUCCCGCACCUCGCGCCCUCACCCACCACCACAACCAGCCCCAGCACAUCCCCCACCCCUCCACAAGACCCUUCCGCCACCACCACCUCCACCCCCGGCGACUCCGACUACGACCCCACGCUCCCCACCACAAUGUCCUGCCGCGCGGCCUUCGACGCGGCCUUCUACUGCAGCUCGCUCGGCGGGCACUUCAACAGCAUAUACCGGUACGGGCAGCUGCGCAGCUGCAGCGAGCACUGGGCAGACUGGCGGUUCUGCAUGGCGCUGAAGGGCAGCUCGGCGGAGGCGCGAGCGCGGGCGAUUCAGGCGCGGUACCGGGAGAAGGAGGAGCGGAUACGGCAGAAGCCCAGUAGCGAGGAUGUGUGGGAGAGGCGGCGGAUGCCGGAGGAGAUGGUUGUUGCGCCGUUUGGGAAGGCGGAGGAGGAGGCGAGACGGGUGGAGGGGAGCGGGAGCUGA